GGGCAGGCACCGGGGAGGGAGCGACUCAGACGGCGGCCGAGGGGCCUCUCCCGCCUGGGGCUCUCCAGCCGGGCGGGCUUUCAGCUACGCUGAGCCCCAGCUUUGGCCAAGCUGGUGGGCAUUAGGGGAACCCUAGUCGACCCACCUCUGGAGGACACCAGGCUUCGGGGGACACAGCAGAAGACCUGCUCCCAGAUGUGAAAAAGAUCCCUUCUCGGAUUGCCAUCCAGGUUGUGGCCAUGCCUCCUGGCAAGACAGGGGAGAAAGAGGCUUUGGUCCUGCAGUGCGAAUGGGAAAUCUGCAGCUUUGUGGCUUCGAAGAUGGAAGAGUUCUGUGAACACGUGUCGAAGCACCUGCAGCAGCAUCUCCAGGGCAAGGAGGAGGGCAGCGAGAUGGAUUCUCUUGAAGAAUAUGCUUGCCUCUGGCAGGAAUGUGGCUUCUGUUCUCCUGAGAGUCCUGCAGAGCUAGUCCGCCAUGUUUACUUCCACUGUUACCACACCAAGCUGAAGCAGUGGGGACUGCAUGCUUUACAGAGCCAGUCUGACUUGACUCCCUGCCAGCUGGACUUUCAGAGCCGAAACAUCAUCCCUGAAAUCCAAGAGAACUUUCUCUGCCUUUGGGAAUAUUGUGAGCGAGCUUUUGAUAACCCUGAAUGGUUCUACAGGCAUGUGGAAGAUCACAGUUUCUGUGCAGAGUACAAGGCAGUUGGGAAGGAGAACCACAUGGUCUUCUGUGGGUGGAAAGAGUGUGAUUGCACCUUCAAAGGUCGAUGUAAGUUGCGUGAACAUUUGCGCAGCCACACACAGGAGAAGGUGGUGGCUUGUCCCACUUGUGGUGGGAUGUUCUCCAAUAACACCAAGUUCUUUGAUCACAUUCGCCGACAGACAGCUUUAGAACAACAGCGAUUCCAAUGUUCUCACUGCUCCAAAAGGUUUGCCACAGAGAGAUUGUUGCGGGACCAUAUGAGGAACCACGUCAACCACUACAAGUGCCCCCUCUGCGACAUGACCUGUCCUCUGCCCUCCUCACUACGGAACCACAUCCGCUUCCGACACAGCGAGGAGCGGCCUUUCAAGUGCAACUAUUGUGACCACAGCUGUAAGAACCUUAUUGAUCUACGGAAGCACUUGGAUACACAUAGUAAAGAGCCAGCCUACCGCUGUGAAUUUGAAGCCUGCAACUUCAGCGCCCGAUCCCUCUGCUCCAUCAAAUUGCACUACAAGAAGGUUCACGAGGGCGAUUCAGAGCCCCGCUAUAAAUGCCACGUCUGUGACAAAUGUUUCACACGGGGGAACAACCUUACUGUCCACCUCAGGAAGAAGCACCAAUUCAAAUGGCCUUCAGGCCAUCCUCGUUUCAGGUACAAGGAACAUGAGGAUGGGUACAUGCGCCUUCAGCUUGUGCGGUAUGAAAGCGUGGAACUGACUGAGCAGCUGCUGAAGGAUCGGGAGAAGCAAGGAGAGUCGCUGGACGAUGCAGCCCAGUGCGUAGUGCUGGCAGGGUCGGAAGGUGGCUUGCAGGGCAUCAUCCUGGAGUCGCCAGCGGAGGAGGCAGCUGAGACAACCUUGCCAGCAGCUCUGCCAACCCAGAGCCCUGCUCCACCAUGUGCCAAUGAGUCCCCAGACUGUGAGCCAAGUGCACCUUCCAGCCCAAUCAUCCGUGUGGUGAACAGGACCAAUGAGCAUGGAGAGAGUGAGACUGUGUACUAUGUGAUGGCUAAUGCCCCCUCCGAGAGCCGGGCAGUUGUGCCCAGUGGGUUUGUUCCAGAGUCAGAGGAGAAUGUCAUGGACAGGCUGCAGAAGACCGCUGAGGAACUGGGCAUUCAGAUUCUAUGAGGCUCCUUAUCCUGCGUAGCACUCCAGGAUCUUUCCCCACCCUGGUGGACAUUCCGAAUUUGCCAAUGCUUUGCUUUGGCUCCUGGUCAAAAUGUACAUUCUUGAAUGAACAUUUUGAGGACUGGAUGCUGUGAGGUGAGAGGAGGGGGAAAGGUUCCCCCCCACAAAGCCCUUUGUAGGCUCCUUCCACCCUGGGAUCUGAUUGUGCACCUCCUGGUGAGGGGUAAUCUGGUAAGAGAAAGAGGGAAGCAUGCUUUAAGCAGUUACUCUGGAAGGUGACGGUGACUUAAGGUGAAAACAGUUCUUGGGUCAGACAUAUGCUUCCUGUGGAGUUCCUCCUGACCAUGCAAUGUACCUGGCCUUAUUCAAAGUGCUGGUCAUUCCACUUCAUACCUUGGAAGACCCAUUCUUUUAUCUCCAUCCUGGUCAGCCCACCCUUGCUCUGAGCCUCAAGUACAGACUCCUAACCUAUCAAUUUCUUUGCAGUCGGUUUGCCAUCACCAUGUCCUUUCUAGCAACUCAAGUGCCAUUCACAAGUGAUGCCCCCCUCCAGUUUCACCAGAGCAUUCCAGGGUGACUCAGGGCUCUCCUCGGCCACUGCGCCCUAUUCCCAGAGGGUGACAAGCCCAUUGUUCCAACUGUUGCUCUAUAAUCCACUGCUGCUUGACUUCUUUGCAAAGAUCUUCCUUGUUAUCUUUGAGGCAGGAAAGCCACGUGGGGAAUGAAACGCUGUGGUUUUCUUCCCAUAAUUGUCUGAGCAAGACAAGAAGGAAUUUGUUGUAAUGACUCCCACGCCAUGAAGAAGGAGAGAGCAAAAAAAGGGGAGCUAUUUCUUGCCAAGGGGUGUCUCCCAUAUUGGGGUUCCAGCUCCUGGCUUGCAAGGUUUACGUUAUAUUGACAUUAAGAAUUAAAGCCACACAAACAAAACCGAGUCUUGUGUCAGAUGUGGAAUUCCUUGUAAUCUGUCCUCAAGUUUCACCUGAUCAGGUCAGACUUAGAC